UUCAAACCAUUCGAAACAAUUCGAAAUGAAUGAAGUUUUAUUCAAGCAAAUAAAAAAUAGAUUAAAAUCAGAAUUUUAUCUCAUGAACGACGAAUGGUUAAAAGAUUGCGUAGAAUUUUUCGUGGAUCAACAUACAAAUGUAAAUAAUAAUUUCGAUUCUAUGCCUGACCCAAAAGUUUAACAAAUUUUCGUGACACGUAAGAGGCAGACCUUUAAAUAACAUAAAAUAGUCGAAAAUCCUAGUAACGUAGAAAUUUUGGAAUUUGUCAAAGUGCAAUGGCAACUCAGUAAUUUGCGAGAAAUUAAUAAUGAAAAUGGAAGUUUGCCACAUAAUAUUGCACAGCAGCACUUUGUUAUAUUACCCGAUAAAUACAUUCUUCAGGUAGAACAAAUGUAUGAUAUUGCAACAUCGAAAUAUAAACAAUUACAACAAAUAAGAAGCACUCACAUUUCGGAAGUAGAUCCAUCUGAGACAGAGAAGCUGGAAAAGUGGGAACCUCCCAAAAAGAGAAUGAUACAACUGAAACUAACGGAUGGAGUACAAGAUGUAAUUGGAAUUGAGUAUAGCACCAUAUCUAGAUUAAACGACAUGUUGUUACCAGGCUAUAAGAUCAUGAUAAUAGGUCCAGUGAAAUGUCGUAAAGGUGUUUUGUUAUUAGAGGAAGGAAAACUGAAAGGAAUCGGUGGCGAAGUAGAUAGUUUACUCAUUCCUAAUGCUUUGGAAAAUGUCUUGGCCAGAGCUUUAAACCUUCAGGAAAACCCUGACCCUUAUAACGACGACGAAUCUAAAUCAAAUAAUAUUCAACAACAAAAAGAACCAGAAAUAGAUGAUAGCUUUUUUGAGGAAGAUUUUGAAAUAAAUUUAGAAGAAGUAUCCAAAAUUGAACAUUUGCAUAGCAGAGACGACAAGCAAACAAGCAUCAAUGCUAAUAAAACAGAAACCAUAACAGGAAACUUUACUAAUACUAGUACUGUGAACAAAGAGAGUCAUAGUUCUCAGAGAGUCAUAGUUAGAGAGCAAGACAAAAGCAAGCAACAUAAAGUUAAUGCAAUUAAAACAGAAACUGUAAUAGAGAACUUUGUUCCUAUUAAUACUGUCAACCAAGGUCAUAGUUCCAAGGAAGGAAUAAUCUUGGUUGAUGACGACGACGAUGAUUGUUUCUUAGAAAUGAUUGACGAAGAACAGCUUGUGCGAUCGCGAACAAGACAGACUAACAUUGCAGCUCCAUUCAGGACUCUACCAAACGAAGAAGACGACGAUCUCAUUAUAAUAAACGACGAAGAUAUGGUCGAAGAUAUAAAACAUGGAAGUAUUAAAGAACACCUAAAAAAACAAGAACUACUUUCACAUUCAAAAUCAGCACGGUUAACAAGUAAAACGGCUCCCUCGACUAGUAUAUUGCGUUCAGAAACAUGUACAAAGACAGAAAAAACGUCGCUACCUUUGAUUGGAGGCAAGAGACCUGUUCCACUGUCUCCUUCUGAAAAUGUAACUUUGAAAAAGGGUAAAGUAGAUAGAAAGAUUACAGAAUUUACGAAAAGACCAAAGUCUCCGGAUACGCCAAAAAUUUGUGAAUUUAUUCAUGACGUAAACAACGAAGUAAUAACUGAAAUGACUUAUAGGACGAUCCACGGUCGCGUGGAAGUUCUUGGCAAACUAGGAAAAAAAGACUCAUGUUGGAUUUUGGAUGCUACAUUAGUAGAUGGUACUGGAAAAAUAGAAGUUUUCUUUUCGAAUAAAGUUCUUGAAGAUUUGUUAGGGUUCAGCGUUCAAGAAUUUUCGUUAAAGAAAAAGUUAAAGAAAAAUCCUGAAAUUGAACAGGAACUUAGAAAGAGUUUUCGUACUGCUGAACAAAAAAUAAAAACCUUAGAUGCACUUUUAGAAUUAGAAUUGAACAUCAAUAAAAAGCCAACAGUAAUGAAAAUCAUUGAUUUAACACGGGACCAAAGAGAAAUAAUAGAUAAAAGACGAAAUAUUUUUUUAAGUAACCAUAAGAUUGAUUUAUAGAAGGAAAUUGAUAUUUUAUAUAAUAUAUUCUAAAGAAAUAUGAAAAACAAAAAUCCUUAUUGUAAAGUAUUAUU